CUCUUCUCAUGCAGCAAUUUCCGUAUCCCGUUUCGGUGCGUAUCUGUUUUCUAUUUCUUCUCUUCCCCUCUCUCGUCAGAUUGAUUAAUUGGUUAUGAAUUUCGAUGAAUUACGGCGAGAAUCGAUGAAUUCGGAGCAGAAUGGAGUGUUGGAGUUCAAAACUGGUGAAGUGGUUUUGGAAGGUGUCGACGUGAAUAAUUUUGGCCGGAAAAGGAUGGAGCUCCGGCGAAUUAAGUCGGUUUCGAUCGGGAAAUCCGGAGAUCUGGUGUUUUUUUCCGAUCGUAAGGUUUCUAGUAGGAAAAGGAGAUCCGAUGUUAAGAAAGAGAUAAAAUUGAUGGAGGAAGCGUUGCUGGUUCAGUUGCCGGAAAACAGCGGCGGCGGAUCUCGAGACGGCGCCGCCGCCAUGCCGGAGCAUGGAACGGUGUCUAUUAUUGGUCGGCGGAGGGAGAUGGAGGACGCGGUGGCGGCGGAGCUGGAUUUUGUGAGGAAAGGCGGGAAGAGCUACAGUUUCUUUGGAGUUUACGACGGUCACGGAGGGUGGCGCGUGGCGCGUGCUUGCAGUGAGAUGCUGCAUAAGCUGGUGGCGGAGAUUGUGGUGGAAGAUGGCGGUGAGGAGAUAGCGUGGGAGAGAGUGAUGGCGGUUGGUUUUAGGAGGAUGGAUGAAGAAGUGAAUAAGAGUGGCGCGUUGGUGUCGUCGACUGGGUCGACGGCCGUCGUGGCGGUGGUGGGGGAGGAGAAGAUCGUAGUGGCGAAUUGCGGCGACUCUAGGGCGGUCAUGUGCCGCGGCGGUGUUGCCGUGCAGAUAUCCGACGAUCACAAGCCUGAUAGACCUGAUGAACUAGAGAGGAUUGAAGGUUGUGGAGGAAAAGUAAUCGACUGGAAUGGGCAAAGAGUUUUGGGGGUGCUGGCUACCUCGAGAUCUAUAGGUGAUGAAUAUCUUAAACCAUAUGUAAUAACGGAUCCGGAAGUGAAGGUUCUCAAUCGGACGAAAUGCGAUGAGUUUUUGAUUCUGGGGAGCGACGGGCUGUGGGAUGUGAUUUCUAAUGAGAUUGCAUGUCAGGUGGUGAGGAGGUGUUUGGACGGCCGGAUUAUAAGAACGAACUCAUGCUCCGAAUCUACACGCACAAUGGAAGCAGCUGCUAUUUUGGUGGAGUUGGCCAUGGCUCGGGGCAGCCACGACAACAUCAGCGUUGUUGUCGUGGAUCUGAACUGUUGCCAUUGAAAUUUCACCAUCACAUCUCUGGCACAAAGUUAUCUUUCAGGUUGAUUUUAGGUUCCAUUUACUUCAUCAUGUGAAAUCAGUAAAUUUUUCCAUGUUUCAGCAAUGUACCAAGUUGGUUACAUUUAUGUCCAGCUCUUACAAUCUAUCCUUAGUUGAGAGUUGAUUGUUAAUUGUUAAUUAAUUCAUGGAUGAUUAAAUUGUUAUAUAGGCUUAUUGAUUUGCGAUCAA